UGACACCAAUUUUCGCGCCUAUACGAAUCGUAACUGUAAUCACUUGUGAGUUGUUGAAUUGCACGCCCAUCGUUUGCCAGCCAAAACACUUUUGCCGCGAUUGGCGAGCGCUCCUGGUUCGACAAAUCUGCAUUGUGUUACGCGCUGCUUUGGUCCGGUUGGAGGGCCUAGAAGCUAGCUGUAACAAUGACAGGCCAGCAGCAGUAUUCCCUAAGAUGGAAUGAUUACACCAGCUACAUUACAGGUGCGUUCGACGCACUGCGCUACGAGGAGGAUCUGGUGGACGUGACGCUGUUUUGCGAAGGUCGUAAGAUUCGUGCCCACAAGGUGUUGCUGUCGGCAUGCAGCACCUACUUCAAGGAGAUUUUCAAAGAGAACCCCUCCCAGCAUCCGGUGAUAAUAUUCAAGAACGUCAAAUACAGCGAUCUGAUGUCGCUGGUGGAAUUUAUGUACCAGGGUGAGGUCAGCGUUCUGCAGGAGUCGCUCCCCUCGUUUCUUCACACGGCGGAGAUGCUAUCGAUUCGGGGACUUGCCGAUACCAACAAUGAGCAACAACAGCAGCAACAACACCAUCAUCUUCCAGAUCAGCCGACCUCAACCCUGGCGCAGCAGAUAUUGCAGACCCAGUCGCAGAAUAUGGCCACCAGCGCUACCAUCACGACCUCGGAACCAGUAUACUUUACGCUCCCGUCGAACUCCACUAUCGUACCACAGACGAAACUUGAGCCCCAGCCAUCCACAGCGACAGCUCUGCAGACCGCUCAGCAGUUUGUUAAUAAAAUAACACUCAAAUCCAGUGAUAUUGCGAACGCCGUCGCCGUUCCGAUUGGUCAACAGCAAGCGCAGCAACAACAUCAGCAACAACAAUUGGCAAAGAUACAAGUAAAGCCUGCUCCUGCCGUAGCAACGGCCGUCCCGCAGCGCACCGUCGCUGUAGGGCAGACGCAAGGUCAGGACCAGACCAACCAAACUAAUCAAGCGGCAACACUGCAGGAGUUGGUCGAUAGCGUCGUUACGUCGGCGCGUCCAACAAAACCGAAGCGCACCAUAAAAGCGAAGACAUUAACGGUAAAGCAACCGGUCGCGGGAACCUCGAGUGGCAGCGUUUCUGGUAACACUCGGGCCAGUUACAGCGAAAUCACAUCAGAAACCGGAAACCAAUCGGACAACGGAAUGGACCUCUACAGCGAGCAAAGCGGACAGGAGCAUGACCAGGUAACGACGUACACUGACUCUACUAACAAUGAUGUGAAAAUUCAAAUAUCGGAGUACAUCAACGUGGGAGAAGGCCUUAAUCCGACUAGUGGCGACAGUGGGUCCUACACGCAGCAGGAAGGUUACGAGUUGGUUGGGGAUGCCAUCGCCGAACGACAGGAGGGAGACGAGCACAUGGGACAGAACUGCUUCGAAAUGGAAAUUGUUGAUAUGGACGUGAACGGUAUGUUUCCGGACGACGGAGCGGAGGACGCAAAGGUGAAAACAGAAACGAUGGAUGAGAGUGCUGGACGUUCCAGGGACGACGGAAAGAAAUUCCAGUGCAAGGAGUGUGACAAAGCGUUCGCCACCUGGAAAUCGCUGGCGAUGCAUCGCCACAUUCACAGUGGUCGUACCAAGUGCAAAAUUUGCGGCGCGGUACUCUCACGUACCGCCAAUCUCAAACGGCACAUGAAGCUGAAGCACGAACCCUAAGUAUGGGCGGCUCCGAAUGCUGAUGACGAUGAGUGUAACGGAAAUCGCAGAUGAAGGCUGGGUUUGUUUUCAUAUUUUUCCGAUUACACCUGAAAAAGAUACGCAUAGUACGAGUUACUAUAGCUUCAGCGUUUAUGAUACUUCUGUAAGAAUGUUUUUAAACAUCCUUUUUAUCUUUCUAUCAGUGCAUCCGUACAUUGUUUAUGAUUAUUAACACAGAAUUAACAAAAUUGUAUGUAUGGGUAAGAAAUAGUGAUGUAAGGCGUAAAAAUUGUGCGAAAAGGUACUAGAUUUAGAAAGUGUUUGAUACAUUCAACGAUUGAUAUAUUUUCAUUUGCAUCGAAUGUUCUUUCUGAUCAGUUCAGUUUAGGCAUGUCUUUGGCCAUCAGAAGGUGUUUUGACCGUGAAACUGCGAACCAAGAAUCACGAAAGCUGCGGAGAAGAACUGCCAGUAGACAGCUUUCCGUUCGCACCUGAUUUUGAUCAAAUGUUAAAAUUCAUUUAUGUUGCUGCUCAUUGAUCAUUUUCGGCAUUGACUUUUAUCGAUCUGUAAGGCACGUCGGACAAAGAACCGUACGGAGAGGUUUGUGAAUGUGGUAUAUUUGAAACAUUUUACGUACUAUAUUGAUGAAACAUGAUCGAUCUACCAUCGUGGUAGAAUGUCUGAACUGCGCGGAGUAGCUAUAGUUAAUACUGAUUGUAGAAAUAAGGAUAUAGAUUUUGAAUGAUUGUU